AUUAUGAUGUGAACAUGUACUGAAUUUUUAGAUUCUAUAAUUUCGUUGUUAUUUUAGCGAAUUCUGUUAAAUUUCUCUACAUUUUCCACACAUUAAGUAACAAAACUUAUUCCUUAUCUAAAUACUUACUCGCAUUAACAAUGGCAGACCGCCUUACCCAAUUACAAGACACUAUAAAUCAGCAAGCGGAGCACUUUUGCAAUAGCAUCGGCAUACUUCAGCAGUUCUCUACACCGAGCAAGUUCCCUGGUUUCGACCGUAGUGGCUCUCAAACGCCACAACAACAGCAAAGCCAGGAAGACUACGCUCUCUUGUUCGCUACUUUGAUCUCACGCUGUGCUAAGGAUAUUGAUACGCUGAUCGAGUCGCUGCCGAGCGAGGAGAGCUCUACAGAGUUGCAAGUGCAGAGUUUGAGGCGUUUGGAGGCUGAGAAUAAGGAAGCUGCGGAGAGGCUUGAAGAGGCUGUCCGCCAAGGUGAGAUUCUGCUAGAGAAGAUCCAGGGCGCCCUCAGCGAUAUUGCACAGUGCCAGCUGGAUAUGCAGAACCCGGCGCAGAUCCUGAAUAAGGAUGUGAGACCGUUAUAGGACUUAAAGAAGCAUGGUGGAUACCACCGUCGGUGAUAAACUUUAAAAUGUGCUGUGUGUGUAUUACGUAAGAUGUGUUGGUUUAAGGGAAAUAAGACCUUUGCUGGCGCCUACUUAUAAUAUAAUAAAGUACAUUGAUUCUGAUAGUGACACAUUAUGGCUGAUGCGGCAAAUGAUAAUCCCUAUGGCAGUUGAAUUUUGUAUGGAGUAACUCUCAAUGUCAAAUGUUUCUGGACAUUUUUGGUUCUUGGCAGUUGGCUCAUUACUUUCUAUUGGUUUAUGCAGGCCCCUUUUAUAUUCCUAUAGAAGUUUAGAUU